AUGUCAACCCCUUCUGGAACUACUCCAUCAGGUGCUUCGGCAACCAACACCUCUACCGCCGCAGUGGCUGGUAGCUUUCUGAACUCAACACAGACGCGAGACGGCGCGAAUCAACCAACCUCCUACAAUAUGAACCGAUAUAUCUAUGAUACUCAAGCACGUCCUGUCACCGAUCGAUUGGUCUACACUGCAGGCUAUUCACAGAAUAACCCUCCCCAAGGCAGGUAG